CACGGGUCGGGUCACUUUUCAAACUUUAAGGGAUUUCGAACUCCAUCACGACAGGUUGGACUAAAAACGCUACCAGGAAACAUCACUUCCGUUCCUAUCCUUAACCCCAGAUUCCCCUGAAGGCUUCUAUGGACGCCGAUGCGUUUAAUGCUUGAAGGAUUUUCUAUAAUGUUCGAGAAUAGCACGAUCCGAAUCGGCGUUCGUUUUGACACAUGAAAUUUACGGCGCGAAAUUUCAUCCGAAUUUGUUGACAAGUUGGAUUUAGUGUAUACUUAAAUGCUGUAUUUUUACUACAAUUCAAGAUGGUUAUAGUCACAAAGGGAGAACAUGUCUGGCUUGACAAUUCACAGGGCGGAGAAUUUGAUGUGCCAAUUGGGGGACUGGUCAAAAUGGCCGACACAGGCCAAGUACAGAUUAUUGACGAUGAAGGCAAAGAGCACUGGAUAAAGACAACAAAUGCAACUAAACUAAGAGCUAUGCACCCAACUAGUAUUGGUGGAGUUGAAGACAUGAUUCAUCUAGGAGAUCUAAACGAAGCUGGAAUUCUACAUAACCUGUAUAAAAGAUAUUACAAACAUCAGAUUUAUACAUAUACUGGCUCUAUCCUGGUAGCAGUGAAUCCAUAUCAACUGUACCCAAUCUAUGAUGCCGAAUACAUAGCAAAGUAUAAGGGAAAGAAGCUAGGCGACCUCCCUCCUCAUAUAUUUGCAAUUGCUGAUAAUGCCUACACAUUCAUGAAGAGAGAGUUACAUGACCAGUGUGUAAUAAUUAGUGGAGAGAGUGGAGCCGGCAAGACAGAGUCCACCAAGCUCAUUCUACAAUACCUUGCUGCUGUCAGCGGCCAACAUUCAUGGAUAGAACAGCAAAUCUUGGAAGCUAACCCCAUCCUCGAAGCGUUUGGUAAUGCAAAGACGAUACGCAAUGAUAACUCCAGUCGGUUUGGCAAAUACAUUGAUGUGCACUUUAACAAGCAUGGGUCUAUUCAGGGUGCUAAGAUUGAGCAGUACCUUCUGGAAAAAUCUAGAAUUGUCCAUCAGAUGCUGGACGAGAGGAAUUACCACAUCUUUUAUCGAAUGCUUGCGGGAAUGACACCCAAAGAGAAGGCUCUCCUCGGCCUGACAGAUGUAGCAGAUUAUUACUACCUGACACAAGGCAACUGUAUCACAUGUGAGGGCAUGAACGACGCUGAGGAAUUUGCCAUCAUUAGAGGGGCAAUGAAGGUGCUGAUGUUUAACGAAGUCGAAAUGAUGGACAUCUUCAAACUGGUCGCUGCCAUACUGCACAUGGGUAACUUGGAGUUUGAAGGAACGGAAAGAAAGACAGUAGACGCAUGUGACAUCGCCGACGAGGAUUUAGGAGAUAUCAUUUCGAAACUGUUGGAGACACCCCUGGAGCAAAUGAAGGUAGCGUUCACGAGCAAGUCGACAUUCGCUCGCGGUGAGAUGAUAUUCACUCCGGUCAGUAAAGACAAGGCCAAGGAUAUCAGAGAUGCCUUCUGCAAGGGAAUCUACGGCCGAGUCUUUGUUUGGAUCGUCAACAAAAUCAACAAGGCUAUUUACAAACCUAUGAAACCCGGCGCUGGGCAGACAUCUAUAGGAGUUCUUGACAUAUUCGGUUUUGAAAACUUCGACACCAACAGCUUUGAGCAGCUGUGCAUCAAUUAUGCUAACGAGCAUCUUCAGCAGUUCUUCGUAAAACACAUCUUCAAGUUGGAACAGGAGCAGUACGACAAAGAGGGAAUCCGCUGGCAGCACAUUUCGUUCGUAGAUAACCAGAUGAUCCUGGACCUGCUGGCCCAGAAACCCAUGAACAUCGUUGCCAUUGUCAACGAGGAGAGCAGGUUCCCAAAGGGCACAGAUACCACAAUGCUUCAGAAGCUCCAGUCGAACCACAAUGAUAGUAGCCUCUACAUCCCUUCCAAGAACUCAUUCGACAUGUCCUUCGGUGUGCGGCACUUUGCCGGGACUGUAUACUACGAUUCCAGAGGUUUCCUGGAAAAGAAUCGUGACACGUUCAGCGCGGAUCUGGUCGAUCUUGUAGGCAGCAGUAAGUCGAAGUUUUUGCUGGAAAUCUUCUCAAAAGAACGUACCAUGGGAGAGGAGACACGCAAGAGAUCACCUGCCUUAGGCGCGCAGUUCAAGAAGUCUUUAGAUCUUCUGAUGAAGACGUUGUCGAGGUGUCAUCCAUUCUUCGUGCGCUGCAUCAAACCCAAUGACUACAAGAAACCCAUGAUGUUUGACCGAUUAUUGUGCUGUCGCCAGCUUCGCUAUUCCGGAAUGAUGGAAACGAUAAGAAUACGAAAGGCUGGCUACCCUAUUCGGCACACCUUCGCCGAGUUCAUCGACCGGUACUACAUGCUCUCGCCCGAUCCCGUACAGAAAAACCUUGAUGUGAGCGGACUCAAGAAAGCCACAAACAACAUUGCCGUGAAAUACCUUAGCAACUCGGACUGGCAGCUUGGAAAGACCAAGAUAUUUCUUAAGGAUGCGCAAGACCAGCAGCUUGAGGAGCACCGGGACCGACUCCUCACCAGUCGUGCCAUCCUCAUUCAGAAGGUGGUUCGAGGCUUCCUGACCAGGAAGGUCUACCUACGCAUGCGUAUGGGAGCGGUGAUGAUUCAGAAGACUUGGAAGGGACACCACCAGCGACAGAAAUACCAAAAGAUCCUUCAGGGCUAUGCUCGGCUCCAGGCCCUCUACCGCACGCGCGUAAUCUCGGCUAAGUACCAGACCCUUCGCAGCCGGGUAUGCAUUUUCCAGGCAUACUGUCGAGGCUUCCUCGCCAGGAGGGAUUACGUCACGCGUAUUAACAGCGUCAUCAAGAUUCAGUCUGGAGUGCGCAUGGUUCUCGCAAAGAGGACCGCUCAAGGGCUACGAGUAGAGAAAAAGAAGCGGGAGGAAGCAGAGCGGAUCAGACGGCGACAAGAGGAAGCCUUGCGAGAGGCCAUGGCGGGCGACGAGGCGAGGAUUUUAGCUGACCGUCUAUAUCAGGAGAGGCUGAAGCAGAUGGAGGAAGAGAAGAAGAGGGAAGAGAUGCUGAAUGCGGAACAGGCUCAGCGCAAGAAGCGAGAGAUCGAGAUUGCUGAAGAGAAGGCGAGGAAACGACGCGAGGAUGACGUGGAUGACAAGCAAAUGGUCGAUGAGAUGUUCGGAUGGUUGGAAGAUACAAAGACGAAUGCUGAGAACCUACCCGCGCCCCCAUCUGCUUUCAAGGACCUUGAUCAUCACCAAGAACCGACUAUUUCUACCGAGGACACACUUGCAAUGCCACUGAAAGAACCAGCUGAGGACGUGUCCGAGUACAAAUUCUCCAAAUUCGCGGCGACAUAUUUCCAGGGUGGGGCCACACCGGGGUACAUCAGACGCCCCCUCAAGCAGUCACUCCUGCCCCUCAACUCAGAGGCCGACAGUAUGGCCGCUUUAGCCGUGUGGAUCACGAUUCUCCGGUUCAUGGGUGAUCUUCCUGAGCCCAAGUUCAUAACCUCCAGCGUCGAUAACAAGGAUAACACGUCUGUCAUGACGAAGAUCUACGACACGUUUGGCAGAAAGUUCGGCAAGAAGGGACUUGAAGGAGUGCAAGACCUUCAGAAUUCCACGACUACGUCACGUGAUCGCGAGCGUGAAAAGGAGAAGGACACGUUACGCAAGAGAAUCGUUUCGUUAACGCUCAAGAGGAAAUCAAAGAUUACCAAGGACGUGACCGCGAGGCUGAAGGAGGCCGAUGAGAGCGGUACCCUCAGUGAUGGGUAUGGACCGCUGUCCGCUCAAGACAAGCCCACAACUAACCUAGAGAAGCUGCACUUUAUCAUCGGUCACGGCAUCCUGCGCAAGGAGUUGCGUGACGAGAUCUAUUGCCAGAUCUGCAAACAGCUCAGCGGCAACCCGUCCAAGACGAGUCAUGCGAGAGGGUGGAUCCUGCUAUCGCUAUGUCUUGGAUGCUUUGCUCCGUCGGAGAAGUUCGUCAAGUACUUAUGGUGUUUCAUCAAAGAGGGUCCGCCGGGAUACGCGCCUUACUGCGAGGAACGCCUUCGAAGAACUCAACAAAAUGGUUGCCGUCACCAACCUCCCAGCUGGCUCGAACUACAGGCGACCAAGUCCAAGAAGCCGUUGAUGCUUCCCAUUACCUUCAUGGAUGGCACCACCAAGACCCUGCUUGCCGACUCAGCCACCACGGCGCGGGAACUGUGCACUCAGCUAGCUGACAAGAUCUCGCUACUUGACCAGUUCGGCUUCUCGCUAUACAUCGCUCUCUUUGAUAAGGUGUCGAGUCUCGGUAGCGGCAGUGAUCACGUGAUGGACGCCAUCUCGCAGUGCGAGCAGUACGCGAAGGAGCAGGGAGCUCAGGAGAGGAAUGCGCCAUGGAGGCUGUUUUUCCGUAAGGAGAUCUUCUCCCCCUGGCACGACCCCACCAUGGACAAGAUCGGCACCAACCUUAUUUACCAGCAGGUCAUCCGGGGAAUCAAGUUCGGCGAGUACAGAUGUGAUCGGGAUGACGACCUAGCGGAGAUCGCGGCCAAGGAGUACUAUGUGGAGUACGGACGGGACAUGAUCCCGGACAGACUGAGUAGCUUGCUGACGUCAUACUUACCCGAGGCUCUCCUCCAAUCAGGGCGCAGCGCCCACGAAUACUGGCACGGCAUGAUCCUGGCCGCUCACAAACGGGCACACUACACGCUAAGCGGGACGGAGCCGCAGCUCGUCAAGGAAGACCUGGUGACUUACGCUCGCUUCAAGUGGCCGCUGCUCUUUUCACGCUUCUACGAGGCGUACCAAUUUUCCGGGCCGAGCUUGCCUAAGAAUGACGUCAUCAUCGCGGUUAACUGGACCGGUGUGUAUGUCGUGGACGACCAGGAGCACGUGUUACUAGAUCUGCAGUUCCCGGAUAUUACUAGCGUCACAAGCAGCAAGACGAACCGCUUAGAGGGCUCCAGCUUCACCAUCACCACAGUCAAAGGCGACGAGUACACUUUCACUUCCGCUAACUCCGAGGACAUCCGGGAGCUUGUGCAGUUUUUCCUGGACGGUCUGAGGUCAAGGUCAAAGUAUGUGGUCGCGCUGAUGGACUACCAAAGCCCAGGUGAGAGCUCGUCUUUCCUGAGCUUCAAGAAGGGCGACCUUAUUAUCCUCGACUCGGACACGGGAGAGACGGUGCUUAAUUCCGGCUGGUGCUCCGGGCUGUGCGAGAGGACGGUCAAGAGGGGCGACUUCCCAGCUGAAUGCGUCUACGUGUUACCCACCACUACGAAGCCCGGGCCUGAAAGCUUGAUUGCUUUCAGCGACCAGUCUUCGGAGAAUUCCGAGAAAAUCAUCGCGACGACGAAAACCGCUAUAUACCAGGAAGACCAGGAAACGUUUGAGAAGCCUUGCACUUUGGAGACGUACUCGGUGGAUCACUUUAUGCCACCACCUAAACGAACCCUGUCCAAGACGCUACAGUCACAGGUCAAGCGGAAGGACAAGAACAUACCGUGGGCCUUCACAAAGGACCCCAUCAAGCAGCCCCUGCUCAAGAGACUGGCUGGACAAGAGGAACUGGCACAGAAAGCUUGUCAGGUCUUUUUGGCCAUCAUGAAGUACAUGGGGGACUAUCCGUCCAAACGAUCAAGGCAGGCCACGGACUUGACAGAUGCGAUAUUCGAACCCGCCCUGCUUCAUGAGCCCCUUCGAGAUGAAGUGUACUGCCAACUGAUUAAACAAAUCACGGAAAACAGAUUGCCGUCGAGUUUUGAUCGUGGCUGGGAGCUCUUGUGGCUGUGUACUGGCAUCUUCGCUUGCAGCGCUGUCCUCCUGCGAGAAGUCAAUCAAAUUUUCCGCUCUUGGGUAUCCCGUCAGCCCCUUGGGCAUGACUGCUUGGCGCGCCUGCAGAAAACCAUCCGCGUAGGACAGCGGAAGUACCCUCCGCACAUUGUCGAGGUUGAAGCAAUCCAGCAUCAAACUACGCAGAUUUUCCACAAAGUCUACUUCCCAGACGACAGUGACCAGGCUUUCGAGGUGGACUCGGGGACCAAGGCAAAGGAGUUCUGUAACAUUAUCGCGCAGAGGCUGGGCCUCAAGUCUGCGGAGGGAUUCAGUCUCUUUGUCAAAAUCACAGAUAAAGUGAUCAGUGUACCGGAGGGGGAUUUCUUUUUUGAUUUCGUCAGACAUUUGACUGAGUGGUUAAAGAAAGCGGGACCAACCAAGGAUGGUCGGACUCCCAACCUGACUUAUCAGGUGUUUUUCAUGAAGAAGCUGUGGACGAACACUGUGGUAGGCAAAGACCCUGCUGCAGACUGCAUCUUCCAUUAUCACCAGGAACUCCCUAAGUAUCUUCGUGGUUAUCACAAGUGCAUCAAGGAAGAGGCGGCCCAACUAGCGGCGUUAAUCUACAGAGUCAAAUUCGGCGAAGACAAGUCACAGUUCCAGAACAUUCCGCGAAUGGUUAAGGAGCUCAUCCCACAUGAUCUUGUCAAACAGAUGUCUCCUGACGAAUGGAAACGGGCGAUAGUCGCGCAAUUUAACAAACACCCCGGCAGGACAAAGAGCGAAGCAAAGAUCUCGUUCCUGAAGAUAAUAUACAGAUGGCCUACGUUCGGCUCUGCAUUCUUCGAAGUCAAGCAAGGGACCGAGCCAAACUUCCCCGAUAAUUUACUGAUAGCUAUCAAUAAGAGCGGCGUGAACCUGAUCAACCCACAGACCAAGGAAAUUCUCGCGACGUACCCGUUCACGAAGAUCUCUAACUGGAGUAGCGGUAAUACGUACUUCCACAUGACGAUAGGAAGCCUGGUCAAGGGAAGCAAACUUCUAUGCGAAACUUCUCUGGGAUACAAAAUGGAUGAUCUCCUGACUUCUUACAUAUCCCUGAUGCUGACGAAUAUGAACAAACAGCGCAAAGCGCCCGCCCUUAGAGCGGUCAAAAAGUGACGUCACGCAUUCACCAAUCGCUACAGUCCAGCUCCACCAUCCCUCAUAAUGAUGAGGUAGUCUCUUCAUAGGAAUACCUCAGAAUGAAGUCAUUGUGAAAUUGAAUGGUUACGAAGUGACGACAACAUGUCUAAUUAUUUAUAAUUUGUAAACGUUAUUUAAAGACGAACUCGCAUUGAAGUGGGAAUUCUUCGUGUGGUGUUGUUUCACCUGCAGCGCCGCUUUUCUAGAGCGCGAUUGGCAAAAUUCAUGAUUCAUUCAUGUCUGAGUGUGGUCGUAAGGUGUGCAUUGGUUUUGGUGACUUAGGACGUGUGCUAUCUGUGAAAUAAGUUUCUUGUUUUACUUCGAGCAGUGCAUUGUCACCUGGUCUACAGGUUAAUAGUUGUGGUACAUCAUGAACUCACAUCGUUUGUGUCUAGACAUAAACGUGGUCCCUAGAUACAGCUUGUGUAUGGCUCACUGUGAAGGUGGUCCCUAGGUACAGCUUGUGUGGUGCAGCGGGUUAAUGCAUGGCUCACUGUGAAGGUGGUCCCUAGGUACAGCUUGUGUGGUGCAUUUGGUUGGUAAAUGCCUCACUCUGCUGUGGUCCCUAGGUACAGCUUGUGUAUGCCUCACUUUGCUGUGGUCCCUAGGUACAGCUUGUGUGGUGCAGUGUGUUGGUGCAUGGUUCACUGUGCUGUGGUACCAAGAUACAGCUUGUGUGGUGCAGUGUGUUGGUGCAUGACUUACUGUGCAAGUGGUCCCUAGGUACAGCUUGUGUAUGCCUCACUUUGCUGUGGUCCCUAAUUACAGCUUGUGUGGUGCAUCUUGUUAGUGCAUGGCUCACUGUGCUGUGGUCCAUAGGUACAUCGUGUUAGUGCAUGACUCACUGUGCAAAUGGUCCCUACUGGUGUAACCUGUACGGCGAAGUGAGAUUUUUGACGCUGUGUUCUAUGAUAUUUACAACGCGAAAUUGCUUCUAUAGGUGUAACAUAUUGCAUUUAUCCAAUUAAUCUGACCUUAAUUUAGGCUUUUAGUAGAUAUACUCAUUACAUUAUUAAUGUGUUUUUAGCCAGGAUGCCCAAAGAACGAAGUAGCAGCUGUUAGUAUUUUAAUAACUUUGCGCAUGGUAUAAAUAUGGUAUUUAUUAUAACUAUUUAAGCAAUAAGCAAAUGAAUUACAUAAAAGCAUCAAGACAGCUAUUGAUUUGGUUUCUAUUUUGGUUGUUAUAUGUUUUAAAGAAUCCAAUUCCUAGAAAUAUUUCUAAGAUGAAUUCACGCUAAGGUGUCACAUAACAGUAAUAGAAUUGCAUCCAUUUUAUAAUCACUGUUUUCCAAGAAGUAUUUAAUUAAAAUGUAGUUAGAUAUUAGUUGUAAAGAACUGAGUAAAGUUGUGUAAAAUCUAUAACAGCUAGUAUUAAGCACAGAGUACCAAUAAAUGAAUUUCCAUGAAAA